AUGAUCUUCUCUCUCAGUCUCGUUGCGUCUUCCGGCCUUGCGGCCCUAGCCAUCCUCCUGAUUUUCCUAUACAGAUCAGCAUCCUCUGUCCCGGGACCCCUGCCUCCCGGACCUCCGCCUCUACCCCUCGUUGGCAAUAUCUUCCGUAUCCCCAAGAUCGCGCCAUGGGUAGGUUAUCAAGAGCUCAGCAGACAGUACGGAAAGAUCAUGUCGCUGAAGGCGUUUGGCCAAACAUUCAUCGUCGUAGACGACGCUGAUAUCGCCAUGGAUCUGCUCGAGAAACGCUCGGCUAUCUACUCGUCUAGGCCCGAGUCCAAUAUGGUAGCGCUUGUGGGAUGGGAUUGGAACUUUGGGAUGUUCCCCUACGGGGCUCAAUGGCGCCGUUACAGGCGAAUGUUUUGGCAACACUUCCAUACGGGGGUGGUGUCCAAGCACGAUCCUCAUGUGAAGAGGGGUGCCGCUAUUUUGCUACGGAGGCUUCUUCAGAGCAAGCCAGACCCCUGUGAAGAUAUACGCCACUCCUUGGCAGCCGUCGUUCUCGGGAUGACAUACGGGAUACGGAUUGCAGAAAAGAAUGACAAGUAUCUCGCCAUUAUCGAAGGAGGGAGUGCUACCGGAGAACACCUUAUCACGGCGACGUCUAUUCUGGAGUUCCUUCCCGUCCUCGCGCGACUACCUACAUGGCUACCUGGCGCCUCAUUCUUGCGCACAUUACAGCGCUGUCGUAAAGCAGUUCGCGAGAUGAGAUUUGUGCCUUGGAACGAUACGAAGCAUGGUAUAAUGGACGGUGUGUACGACGCGAGCAAUAUUGCAGCUGAGAUGCGCGAGGAACUGUCUCGUUUGACGGCUGAAUCUGUGGCUGAGGAGGAAGCUGUAGCAUUGGACAUUGCCGCUACCGUAUACUCGGGUGAGACAACACAGUUGAUAUCUCUGACUUUCUCUACGUUAUGCGGCUUCUUCCUAGCAAUGUCGCUCUAUCCAAAUGUACAGAGGAAAGCUCAGGCUGAGCUGGAUGCCGUUGUUGGGCCUGGCCGUCUUCCCGAGUUGGAGGACCUGGAUCAGCUACCAUACGUCAACGCGAUAAUCAAAGAAGCCCUCCGUUGGCACCACCCCACCCCUCUGGCUGUACCCCACACGAGCACCUCGGAUGGUGAGUACUCCGGGUACUUCAUCCCCAAGGGCAGCGCCGUCAUAGUCAACAUAUGGUCUAUCCUCCAUAACCCGGAAUAUUAUCCACGGCCAGACGAGUUUGUACCGGAACGCUUUAUGAAAGAUGGCAAUUUGGACGCCGCAGUCAGAGACCCUUCAACUGUCGCGUUCGGAUUCGGUCGUCGAGUUUGCCCUGGGCGACACCUUGCAGACAAUAUGCUGUUCAUUUACAUCUCGUCUGUCCUGCACACCUACAACAUCACGCCACCACUAGACAAGCACGGUCAGCCUAUACAUAUCCAACCUCGCGGAAAGUCCGGCAUCGUUUCGUACCUCGAGGAUGUCAGGUGUACCAUCAAGCCUCGCUCCGCGAGUGCUGAGGCACUCAUACGCACCUGUGCCGAUGGAUUGCUGGAAACUAGACCAUAUUGA